UUAUACAUAGUGUAUGAUACUUAAAUUCCUAUUCAUAGCAGAAAAAUGAAAACUCAAGAAGUCACUUCCAAAAGCAAAAGGGCACAAUUUCUAGCACCCAGGUCAUUAAUUAGGAAGCGACUUCAAGCACUUGCAGAAAAUUCAUUAAGAAGGGAACAACUCCGUACUUGUCAUGACAAGAACUUGAAUAUUCAAAAUCCAAUACAAGAUCAAAAUAUGGGUACAAAUUUUAGUGCUGAUUCAGAAAACUUUGAAGAGGAGAAUUUUGCACAAAAUCGCAGGAGAAGUGCAAAUACUAACAAUGAAGAGAAUGAUGAUUCUGCAGAAUCAAAUAAUCAUCGAGUGCAAAGUGAUGAUGUAAUACUAAAUGAAUCUCGACAAGAAGGAUGAAAUUGUUCAAGUCAAACAAGCAAACCCUUCACUUUCUGACAUUGAGAUAGUUGAGAAAAUCUGGGGGAAGCAAUCUCAUGGUCACAUCACUGUAUUUGGUGGCGGGACUACUUUGAAAGAUUUAAGAGGACCGCUCCCUAGUCGAUCUGAUCUGGAAGCACGGGUUAUAGAAGAAAAGAGAAAGAACCAGAUGCUUCAACAACGCUUAGAUGAGCAGGAGC